AUGUCGUUCGGCGGCUUUGGGACGGGGGCAGGUGCUGGCGGUUUCGGAGCAAAGCCAGCAACGACGGCUGGCUUCGGCGUAACUCCAUCGACGGGGGCUGGAACUGGUGCAGCAGCUCCUGCAAGCGGUGGUCGUGGCUUCGGAGGCUUUGGCACCGGCGCUACAACGACCACGGCCACCGCAACAACUGGCGGCUUCGGCGCUGCAGGGGCAACAGGAUUCGGUGCAAAACCCGGCUUUGGCGCUGCCCCUGCUGCUGGCGGCUUUGGUGCGGGCGGAGGUCUCGGCACCGGCGCUACGGCAGGAGGCAGUAGCGGCUUUGGUUCCACAGCCACCUCCGGCCUCGGUGCCGGCCGCGGUUGUGGCUUUGGCAUGACGGGCGGGUUCGGGAGUACGGCUGUUUCUGCUGCCCCGGUCGCACCGACGGCUCAGCAGUACCCAUACCCAGGUAUCAAGGGUCCCGGCAAUGCCACCAGCUGGACACGCGACAUUGACUUCUCUCAGGUGACGGAGCAGGUCCGCUUCGAGGCACUGCCGCAGCCGCUGCAGCAGCACCUGAUGGAGCUGCGCAGUUUCAUGCACGCGGAGCGGGACGCGGCCAAGAGGGUGUAUUUGUACUUCAAUGAGUCCGAUGGUACGGAUCCGGCUGCCGCUGUGACCGCCAGCAGCGCCACCGGGAGCUCUGCCGCCACGGCGUCUUCCUCCAGUUAUCGCAAACUCCUUGCCCAGAUGGCAGCACUGAAGGGUGGCGGCAACCGUGCCGUCGAUCUUGUCGCGGUGCACUGCAACCAGCAUGAAGGGCAAGCGCGUCGUCAGCUACAGCGUCUCGAGAAGUUGGAGGCCAACAUCCGCGACUACGAGCGGCACGUGUGGGAACCGUUGCUGGAGCAAGGGCUGCCGUCAUCGCUGGCCGGCAGUGGAAUGCACGUCCGUGGUGGCGCAUAUCGUCCCGCCGCGAGCAACGGUGCCGCCUCUCCUUUUGUGUCUUUGGUCGAGGAGUUGAGCCGUCGCAUGGACCACGUUAGCAGCGCUCUCACUGAGCUGGAGGCCACACUGGUGCCUCCAGGUCAUCCGCUGCGCGGCGCCGGCGAGAGUGGUCGUCACGGUCACCACAACGGCAGCGCCAUCCCGAACGACGCGAUUGCUCAGAUCAACGCCGCCCUCUUGUACGAGUUGAACCAACUCCGGGACUCCUCCUGUGUGGCCGCGCAUCUGCACAGUCGCACCGACAUUGCCCGCAAACUCUUCACGCGCCAGUACGGUCAAGCGGAGGCGGACGUGCUCUUCGCCGAUACCGAACAACAGCGCAACGGCCUGGCUCUGUUCCGUCGGGCAUCGCCGUCGACGUACUUCGACAUUCCUCCGCUCCCACAGCAGCCACAGCUGCCUGCUGCGGCACUGGCUGCGGUCACCACCACGAGCGGCGCUGCGCCGAUCACCGGGUUUGGGGCAGGCACCACCUCUGCGCUGGGUGGAGGCUUCGGUGUGACAUCCGGUGGUGGUGUCUUCGGGGCAGCCUCCACCGCUGGUACAGCUGGAGCGGCGACCACUGGGGGAUUCGGUGCCCCUGCAACGGCUGCGGUCGCACCAGCAGGGGGUGGUACGGUGGGUGGCGUUGGCUUUGGCGUAGCAGUGGGUGGAACAACAUCGGCUCCAGCGACGGGCGGGUUUGGCGCCGCUCCAGCGGCAGGUCUGGCCCCGGCCACUGGCGGUUUCGGGGCAGCGCCAACGGCUGGGGGUUUUGGGGCUGCUUCACCUUCUGCCACUAUUGCACCGGCUGCUACUGGUGCUCCCCCCUCCGCGCCAUCCAUGGGCCCUGCAGCCCCUGGUGCUGCGCCGGCUGCCUUCAACUUGGGCGGCGGCGCUGCAGCUACUGGCACUGGCUUUGGGAUGGCACCGGGCAAGUCUGGGGCUGGAGACGGUGGCGAUCGCCCGUCUCAGCGGACCCGUUAG